AUGGAAUCAAACAAUGGGAAUGAGACUCCAGGAGGGGAAACCCCAACUCCAACUGGAGGCAGCACAAUCACCCCUAGAGAUUUAAUAACAAUAGAUAUCUAGGAAUUAGAGACUUUGAGAGAUGUCAUAACUUACAAGGCUCAAGUCCUAAGACUUUAAGAAAGAACUUUCAAAACUAAGUAAAAGGAGUAACAAGCUGCAAAGCGAGCACUCAUUGAUUUCCUUAUCACUCUAUUUGGCUAUCUGUCUUUAGAAGAGGCUUAGAAUUUGAUUGCAAAGGUUUGUAAAGAGUAUAACUUCAAGCUAGACUAGAUGAUCCUGCAAUCCAUUGAGAAAACUAAUGACAUUAGAGAUAAAGAGCUCUAGCGAAAGCAUAAGUUUAAGGAGCACUAGUCUCAGGCUCAACAUCAGUAAAACAGCAUAAUUGAGUCAUCUGUUAUUGUUGACAAAGCAGAUGACUUCGAUUACAUGAUGCCUUAGAAUUACUCUUAUUAUCACGAACACAAACCCUCUGGAGACGAAAACAAUGCGACUGUGAUAGUUGAUAGACUGAUUCAUGAGUAGAAUGAACUUAGAAAGUCUUAUGCGGUAGAUAAUAAUCUUAUUUUAAUGGGUUAGGGCUAAGCUGAUAGUAGACCAUUGAUGUAGAAGCUAGGAGAUGUUCAAAAUAAAAUAAAAACUAUAAUGGAAAGUAUUUAGCAAGACCUGCAGAAAGUAGAGCCAAGUAGCAAUAAGAAGCUUGACAACUAGCUUAGACAAUCGAAUGACUCAUCUUAACUUGGCAAUCUGAUUAGAUACAGCAUGAGCAGAAGCAAGAAGGAUGAUUCAAUAAGAUUAAGUGUAAGUAAAAAGAACUCUCUAAACAAUACCAUUUUAAUGCAUGACAAGAGAGACUAGUUCUGUGAAAUGAUUAAAGCUGUACAAGAUCAAUUAGGAAAGAUCUUAUACGAAGAGUUCAAUUACAUUUCAGAAUACAAUGAGCCUAAACUGCAUCUAGAUACCUAAGGCAUAUUUGAAGAAAGAUUGCAACCUCAAGCAUUUGAAGCACAUACAGCUAGAAAUUAGGGUUAUUAGUAUAAUAUGGAUCAUCUAUACGAAGACAAAAAUAUGUCAAAAAACAAUAGUUCUAGGAAAAUUGAUAGCAAUGCAAUGGUUUCAAAGUCACUGCAGAAUAUUAGGUAGUUAAAUCCACUGCUAAAAUCUCUUGAGAAUAAAUGGAUGUCCUAGGCUAGUAGUCUUUGCAAGCUGGAAGAGUAAGACUUCGAGCAUAGCAGUGAUGACAAGUAGGUGAUGGGAGAUUUGGAUGAAGAUUAAGUCAAUAUGAUGGAUGAUAUGGAAAUAGAUAAUGAUCAUUAGCCCAAUACAGUUGAAGAUAAUGAUGACGAUAAUCAACUUGAUAGAAAAAAGCAACGCUCAUCGCCUUCUUAUAAUUUUUUCGACAGAUACCAAGAAGAAUAAGUAUUAAGUAAAAGCAGAGACAUGAAUAACGAAAGCAAGGAGUUCUCUAUCAAAGUGCGCAAUGAGCAUAAUGAGGAAAUUUUGGUUGACUUUGGAGUGGAUAAAAUAGAAGAUAAAGAAGGAGAAGAAAUAGUGGCAGGCAUAAAUGAUGAUGUAGACCAGUUUAGAAAGCAUAGAGAUAUAUUUACUGAGAGCAUUUAAAUAUAUAGAAAGAAAGGAAGUAGAGAUUACAAUCAGAAUAACAUUCUCGUCUAAGAUGCUUUUGAAUUUGAGGAGUUGCAUAAUGUUGCUUAUGAGAUGAUCGAUAAAGAGGUAUAGGUUUGCUUUGAUAAGAAUGAUCAGGAAGUAUAGUAUGUGGCACAGUAUAAAGAAGAUAUAGGCUUAUAAACUGAAGAUUAUCAUAGUAUUUUUUCUGAGAAUAUCAUUUAGACUUUCGAUAUUUAUCAAUCUGAAUGCAAUAACAAAAGGAGAUUGCUUGAUGCAGAUAUUCAGACAGAUAUGAGUUAGAGUUCUCUAAGUCUGUAUGAUAAACUUAUGAUUAAAUACUCUGACUAGUCUAGUAAUAUUAUCACUUCAAAAGUAGUCGAGCUAGAGGUAAUAAACAAUUGCCCUAAAGUAAUCCGGUAAGAUAUUGAUGUAUAAACUGAGAGACAGGACAAAAAAGUUAAAAAGUUGGCCAGAUAAAAUAUAGUAUAAAAAUAAGGAAUUAAUUUCAAAAUUGAUUUAGGCAGUAACAAAUUCUUUGUGAAGUCCUCUAAGGCUGUAAAGAGUUAGGAUAUAGUAUCAGGAUUAAUAGAAAUUUUAAGCCUGAAGUUUGAAGAGUACUUUGAAUAGAAUGAUAAUUAAUCAAAUGAUAUAAAUGUUAUAGAUAACGGAGAUUUGGAUUAAGAUUAAUUUGCUCUUGAUUAUUAGAUUUUUAAAUUUGAUUUACCGAAUAGAUAGAAUGUUUGCAAUUACAGUUCUGAGAUUUAAUUUGAUAUCAAAUAAGCAAAAAAUGAUUAAAUAUUAGACAUUCCAGCAACUAUCUUGGAAUAUAGCAUAGUCUAAACUCCUAAAAAUAUUAACCUAGUUAAAGAAUUCUAAUUUGAUAUCUAAAGUACCUAAAUAAAGAAAACACUUGAAUAGUAAAAUCAUGUCCAGGAAAAUUCUAUAAUUAAGUGUUAGUCGGUAGAUAACUUAAUUCAAUAGAAUAUUACAUUGUAAGGAAUUCCGAUUCAAACAGUACUAUAGUCCCUCAAAACUCUUGAUAUCACUACUGAGAGAAUGAAUAUCUAAAUCUGUUAAUCAAAUUCAUAAAGACAGAAAUUAUAAGAAGUGAUAUCUCUAAAUGAGCUGUGCGUAUGCCCCCAGGUAUUUACUUUAGAUACUCUUAAAAAUUAGGCAAAAAAGAAACACAAGAAGCAUAAGAAUAAAAAUAAGAAAACUCUUCUGUAAACCCUGCUUGAACCUAAGGCAAUUGAUGAAGAUUUGAGCAUUCAAAACCUUUUAGUAGAUGCUUAAAUUAUUAGAGUUCUACCAUAGUAUACUUUAUUACCUGAGCUGAAACUUGAUAGCAUACUCUAAAUAGAAAUUAGGGCAGAGUAAAACGCUUAAGUGUAGGUUAUUCAACAUUAGCUUCAAUAAUAGCCAUAGCCAUACAUUAUAAAGGGAAAAUCAAAUGGUAGAUAAAAAGUAAUGUCUGAAAACAGAGUGCUAUAAAAAGGGUCUGCAGAGGAUUAUAUGAAAUAUUUCUUUGAAAACGUACUAGAUGUGCAAAUUUUACCAAUUAUGUUCUCUAAUUCACCUAGAGGUACUUCUGCAAUCUAAACUGAGAAAGUAUUCUAAAUAGAAUGUAUCAAAAUGGCUCCUCAACUCUAAGAAUUACACACAUAAUAUUAAGAUACUAGCAUUUAAAAUAUAUGCAUGAACUUACAAAUACUAAAUCAAUCACAGAAUCAUAGUUCAAAAGAUAAUUAAACUUAAACAUCAUUAGAAGCAGAUAUAAUAAAUGAACUUACGAUUACUUAAUUCGAUUUAGUACUUGAAUUAUCAAUAAUUAAGCAGGUAAAGGAUUAAUCAAGAGAGCUUUAAAUAUAAAGCUAGAUUCUAGAAGAAUGUAUAAUAGCUAGCUUGAAUAUUUGUUAAGACUAAGAAAUCUAAUGUGAUCCAUAGCUUUAAGCGAAAAUUGAAUAAAGCAUAUCAGAAAUUCAAAUAACGAAGCAAGCCUUAAGACUAGAUUCUUAAUUAGAAAGCGUAACUUAAGUUUCAGUGUUUUAGAGUAAAAAUUAGUAGGUUGAUAAAUUAACUUUUGCUAGAAUAGAAUUUGAUGAAGUCUAAAUAAUUAAAAUUCCUUCUCAGUUUUAGCAAGAAAUUAUAUAAGUAUGCUAGAUUUUAGUUCCUCCCAAAGAAAAUUUAACACAUAAAGAAAGUACAAUUGAACUUGAUACUUGCGUAAUAGGUCUUAGCUUGUGCUAAACAACAUAGAUUUAGGAGGAUUUAUUAAAGGUAAAUUCUAAAAUAGACUUUUAGAAAGCUUUCAAUUAUGAGAUUAUUGCAUAAAAAAAUACUGAAAAGGAGUAGAAAAUAUUAGUGUAAACGCAAUUUGAUUUAAUACAUUUGACGAAAUUGUCCUCAGAUAAGCAAUUGAUGUUUGACAAUUUAAGUCUUGAUUCAUGUAAAAUCAAUAAAGCUAACCAUAAACAGAAAGAUUUAGAGAAUGAAUUAAUCUUUGAGAAAAUUGAGCUUUAUACAUUAGGUGAUAAAUAAAAGAUAUCUCUAGAUAUAAAUCUCCACUGCAUUUCAAGCUAAAUAUUAUUAUAGCCAAAGUAGCUUGAAAUAUAAAAAUUUGAACUCGAAAUUAAUAAAGUUGUAGAUCAUUAAGAGAGUAAUUAAUGUUACAGUUUGAUGAAUCUAGAACCUAUUUGGAUUAUAAACCAAUUGUAAAAUAAUUGCGAUUAGAGAGAUGAAGCUUUGCAGACAUAUGAUUUAAAACUGAACUUAGAACCUGUAAUAAAACCUUAGUAUUUAAGAGUAACAACAAUGGACUCAGACACAUAGUAUGAUACAUAAGAUGAAUCAGCUUACUUUAGAGGUAAUUCAACGUUUAAACAGCACGAUUCCUAUCUUGAGGCCCCUAAAUAAGAUUAAUCAAAUUAGAAUGAAAUUAAAGUAGGCUUAAUGACUUAAGAUCAAGCUUGCGAUGUAAUUGAGGAACUAAGUCAUAGAGAAAUGAAAGACAUGAUAAUAGAAUAGCACAACUAAGUAAAAUAAGAAAUUGCUUAAGAGUUAUAAUAGUUUACAGAGAUGGUAUUCGAGCUAAGGAAAAGUGUAUGCGACUAAGGACUUUAAAAACGAAUCAAGACUAAGGAGUAGGGGACUUGCACUAGUGAUGUUUAACAAUAGCUACAUCCUCCUGACUUCAAGUAAAGUAUAAAGAAUCUGUAUCUGCAAACAGUGCUAAAUCAGACUAAUUUGAGUCUAACUGAAAUUAUACAAAGAAAAUCAAAGGAGGCUAUUUUAUCUCACUUUAAAAAGCCAGGAUCACUUUUUGUAAGAUUAAAUUAUGAAUAUGUUUUAUAGAAUUAAAAAGCAGUGCUUGGGAAACCUCAGCCUAGGAUCAGAGGCAUCAGUCAUAAUGAAUCUGAUAAUGAGGCGUCACAAGAAAUAAUCCCUGCCUAGCUUAGAAGAUAUAUGGCAUACAAGAGAGAAAGAUCAUAUGCAGUUCUAUGUCAUAAUGGAUAUGUCUUUAUUGAUGGUCUUAACAACAACAUUGACAUUUUUACAGUUGAUGAUUUCAGAUUUGUUCAGACUGUCAACAGCGAUGAAUAAAACCUAAUUUGUGCUUUUAAUGUCAAGGAUAGGUAUUAUUUCGGUUGCCAAAAUAGAUGCCUUAUCAUAUGCGAUGAUUAGUUUAAUCGAAUCACCAAGGUUUCACUCUCUUACAAUGCCUAUGAUAUUAUUUAACUAAAUAAACAAUGCAUAAUGCUAGGAGAAAGAAGGGGCUUCAUCGAGGUAUUUGAUGUUGUAGAGAAUAAGAUUAUUUAUUCAUAAAAGUUAGAGAAUGUAAGGCAUAUUAUAUAGCUUAAGCAACUUGAUUACUGUGAUGAUAUAUGCGUAGCCGCAGAUAAUGGUCUUUUCUUUAUUUAAAUGAAUUACUGCUCAGAGAAUGAGAGUUAUAUGGCUACUAAGCUAGAUGAAUCUUACUUUGAUGAUAGACAUAUUAGAGGAGUAAUUUCAUUGGAUAGGACUUAACCAAGAUAGUUAGCUGUGUCACUAGAUGAUGACAAGUUACUCUAUUUAGUAAAUAGAGAAACUAGGUAAAUAACGAAGUCAAUUAUAGGAGGCCCAAAUGCUGGGCCUGUAUGCAUUAGGAGGCAUAUUAGUUAAAAAGGAGAUAGCAAUUUUAUAUUGAUUAGAGAUGAAAACGGAAUUAACCUAGUAGAUAUUGAAACCAAUCAAUUCAAGCAAAUCAUUUAAUCAAUUAAUCUGAUGGCGCCAUUCCCUUAAUAGUAGAUGGAGAUUAUAGAGAGAUAUGAUUUAGAGCCAGGACUCCUACAAAUUAUCAUCAUUGAGUAUGAUGGAAGGUAGUCUAUACUCAAAAGAUUUGAGCUUAAUGAAAACUAUUUGGAUGCUGUUUUCGUGGUAGAUUUUAGUCAGCUUUGA